AUGGACGGCCCACCCUUUGUCCCGUGGCAAAGUGAUGCUCUCUACUCACAGGUGGGAGGACUAGCAAAAGCCGAAGAAGCAGAAGCAGCUAUAGCAGCAGCAGCGGUGGGAGCGAAAAGCAAGGCAUGGGCAGCACUCCUCGCACCGUCUUGUACCACUCUCUUUACCAUCCGCACCGUCUCCUCUUCCCCCUCUCCCUCCUCCCCUUCUCCCUCUUCCCCUUCUCCCUCCUCCACUUCUCCCUUCUUCUCACCCCCCCCCUUGCACAACAGCUUCUGCCUCACCAACCCCUCUGAGAAGGUUGCGGCGGAAAGCAGCUUCGAGGAAGGGAGCAGGAUUGAGUGGUCUUGUGGGUCGGAGGGGAGAUUAGGGGAUGGAGGGGCGGAAAGAGGAUUUGAGCUGGGCGGAGGCAAGGGGGGAGCAGGAGGGGGUCUGGGCGAAGGAAUGGGGGAAAUAGGUGAGGAGCUGGAGGUGUAG